UUCCCCUCCCGUCCACACGGUGGCGCUGUUCCCUAUGUCCCCCAAUGGCUCCCAUUAUCCCCUAUGGGCUGGGUUGCAAUUCCCCUCCCCGCCACACGGCAUCGCUGUUCCCUAUGGCUCCCAAUGUAUCUCAAUGGCUCCCAUUAUCCCCUAUGGAUCUGGUUGUAAUUCCCCUCCCAUCCGCUGGGUGUCGCUGUUCCCUAUAUCCCCCAUUGUCUCCCUAUGUAUCUCAAUGACUCCCUAUGGAUCUGGUUGCAAUUCCCCUCCCGGCCGCUGGUUGUCGCUGUUCCCUAUGUAUCUCAAUGGCUCCCAUUAUCCCCUAUGGAUCUGGUUGCAAUUCCCCUCCCGUCCGCUGGGUGUCGCUGUUGCAGACUUGUUCCACUGGCGCUGCCUCUCUACCCGUUACGUCUCGUUGCCCCCCCACACGGCUCCUUCCGGUUUCCGGUGCCCAUCAUGCAACGCUCCUCUUUUCCCACCCCCGGAAUCACGUGGUCCCGUGGCCGACGCCCUCCGCUCCCGAUUGGCCAACGUCGCUUGGGCCCGCCCAGGACUCGGGCUCCCAUUGAUCGCAGAUGCCGAUGUUGAACCCGAACCAUCGGAUGGAAGUGAAUGGGGGGAGAGCAGCGAUCCUCCUGCUGCCCCCGAGCCCCCCCCCAGCCCAGAGCUCCCCUCGACCCACACGGUGGUCCACAUGGGGGGGGGCGAAAGCCUGGGACUGCAUGGCUCUGCCCCACGGAAGGCGCUGUGGGGCCGGGAGAACCGAACCCCCCCCCCACAGAACAACCAGGAGGACGACAAAUAUCGACGGCGACCACACGGGGGCGGGCUGCCCCACAGAAUCAGGUGGGGGGGGUAGAUGAUGUGGGGCUGGGGG